UUAUUGCACGUGCGUGGUUUGUUUUUAGCGAUUUCUGAGAGCACUGGUAGAUUAUUAAUUAAAACCAUGCCAGCCGCCCCCGCAGUCAGCAGCAAUGGCAAGCCCACGGAGCCGCACAAGUCCUGGAAGAAGGUAAACGAAGAGCGGAAGGCGCUGAAGCGUCAGCGCAAGCAGGAAAAGCUGCUCAAGGAACUGCAGCAGGCGGAGGAGGCGGAAACCCGUGCGGAACUGGCCGCCACUGAAGCACAAAAGAAGGACAGACCCAAUCCGUCCACCCUGAGUAUAGCUGUGCCUGGUUCCAUCCUCGAGAAUGCCCAAUCCGCCGAAUUGCGGGCCUACGUGGCUGGUCAAAUAGCUCGUGCUGCCUGCAUCUUCCGGGUGAACGAGGUGAUCGUCUUUGACGACGUGGGCAUAGCCACUGCCCGCGAGACAAAGCGCAGCUACGAGGAGGAUGCGGAGGGCAGUGGCACUGGCACCGUGCGCAGCAGCUCCCUGCAAUUGGCUCGAAUCCUGCAGUAUCUGGAGUGUCCGCAGUACCUGCGCAAGUACUUCUUCCCUCUGCACAAGGACCUCAAGUACUCGGGGCUGCUUAAUCCGCUGGACACCCCCCACCACCUCCGGCAGCAAAGCAUGUUUCGUUAUCGCGAGGGCGUCAUCUGCGACAAGAAGGCCAAGGAGGGACACAGUUACGCGAACGUGGGACUGCUCAACGACGUUCUGGUGGACAAGGCAAUUGAGCCGGGAGUCAGGGUGACCGUGAAAAUGGAACCUCAAAGUGAGACCAGCAGAAAGCAGAAGGGAACCCUUGUCAGCCCGGAUGAGCCACGUCGGGAAACAGGUGUCUAUUGGGGCUACCAAGUGCGUAUUGCCCACUCACUGUCGGAGAUUUUCACCAAAUCCCCCUACGAUUCCGGCUACGAUGUGACUCUUGGAACCUCCGAUCGCGGCACCAAUGUGCAUGAGGUACCCAACCGAUCCUAUAGCUUCAAACACAUGCUCAUCGUCUUUGGCGGACUGCAAGGCCUGGAAUCUGCCCUAUCCAACGACGAGAAGCUAACUGUAGACGAUCCGGAGCUGCUGUUCGAUCACUAUGUGAAUGUUUUGCCCCGCCAAGGAUCUCGAACCAUUCGCACGGAGGAGGCCUUGCUAAUUGCUCUGGCGGCUCUGCAGGAGAAACUUCAACCGGAUGUUGAGGAUGUGGAGACCGAUCUAAGCGAUCUGCUGCCUCAAAGUGAGGAUACUGGCAUAUCUGUGCGUCGAGAUGUUUUAGUUAGCAAAAAGCAGAAGAAAAGGAAGCUGGUGGAGGACACCGUGGAAUCACCAGUCGUUUAUGAGCCUUCUCCUCCAAAAGCAUUGCCCAAAGUCGUUAGACAGACAGCUAACCCUUUUGCCGAUCCUUCAGAGAGUUUUGAGAAAACAGCCCCCGCAGAUGACGACUUUGAAGUCGUUUCCUCCACCACAAUUUCUGCAACACGGCAGUCGAGCACAAAUAACGACUUGAGUAGGUUCGAUUGA